AUGUCUACAAUUCAAGAGCUUCUGAAUACCAAGCCUACCGAGGGCGAGGCACUGGCCGCAAAUGUCGAAAUGACGACUCAGUGUGCCAGGAAAUCUUUCACUCGAAGUACAAGUGGGCUUUAUGAUUCGAAGGCUGUGGACGUUGCGACGCGGGAGGUCCCCGCCGAUGGUGGCGUCGUGCUGCAAGAGAAGGACGAAGGAAAUACUGCUGCUGGGAUGGAGGGACCACCGGAUCUUUGGUUCCUAGGUUCCAGCUAUUUACAAUGUUCGUGGAGCAUUGGGAUUGUCAUUCGAGCGACAUCAAACGUGUAUUUGAACGAGAUUCUUAGCUUUGGAAAAGUUCUCGUACUAGGCGCCCUUGCACAGGUGCUUGGGUAUGCACUAAUGGCACCAGCGUUACCCUUUCUGGCCUUCUGCAUCGCAUUCUUCAUCAACGGCUGGGGAUAUCCCUUCAAUAACACUAAUAAUCACUCAAAGGAUGCUCAGAGUAACCGCUUCGUUGCGAGACUGUCAGAGAAUUCUUCUGCAAAGAUGGGAACCAUGCAUGCUAUCUAUGGCUUUGGCGCGGUCUGUUCGCCAUUCGCUACCACGCAAUUUGCACAAAUGCCGAGGCAUUGGUCAUAUCACUUUAUAAUCUCGACUGGAAUCGCCAUAAUAAAUACAAUAUUCCUCUUGCUUACAUUCAAGGGGAAGACUAUGGAUGCUGCGACUGAACAGGGGACAAGUGAGGACAGCAAGUACAAACAAAUCAUGACGCAGAAGGUCGUCCAUCCUCUUGCGUUCUUUAGCUUGGUGUAUGUCGGAUGGACUAUUUCAUAUCUACAGAAGCAUCGUGGUGGGGGAUCCUCAUCCGGAUAUGUGUCUACUGGUUUCUUUGGCGGUACGUUUUUCUUUCUUGUGCAGGAAUCAAUUAUCAGAUCCGUACUUGCUGAAGGCCUUACGCUUGGGCGCGUCCUCCUUGUAUGGGUGGAUGAGAAGGUCGGAGAGCAUCUGAUCAUAUAUAUUUACAUCCUCGCAGCGCUUGGCCUUGAGUUGGUGGUAUGGCUCGCCCCAAAUUUGAUUGCCGACGCGGUGGCUGUCUCAUUCGUUGGUUUUAUUCUCGGUCCUAUGUACCCAAUCCUCAUGAACGAGGCUGGCCGACUUAUCCCGCAAUGGUUACUAACCGGUUCUAUUGGUUGGAUUGCAUCAUUCGGCUGUGCUGGCUCUGCUAUUUUCCCGUUUGCAACUGGUGCGCUCGCUGAGAGGUUUGGAAUCGUGAGCCUGCAGCCAUUACUUGUCGUCCUUUACGGAGUGCUGUUUGCACUCUGGCUGUUUGUCCCGGAUGGGACCAGACGAACAGCGUAA